CUCUCUUUUUCCGGCAUCGUGUAUGCUAGUCGACACAUUUCAUUGAAGGUACAGCGAUAAUUUUAGUGAAAAAUUAGUGUUAUUUUUAAAUCUAGACUGCAAUGGCCGAUACAGCUAAGAAACCUGUCGCUAAAAAGGGCGGUGAUAAGGCUGCCAAGAAAGGAGCUGCUGCUGCUGCUCCGGCUCCCGUUGCCGUUAAGGGUGUGAAGAAGUCCCAGACCAAGGAAGCUAUCCUUGCUCGUACCCAUAAGCCAAAGGGACAACGUACUGCCAAGGCCGCUCUGCCGUACCAGAAGAAGAGCUAUGGACGUCUGUGGGCAAAGGCUGUGUUUACCGGGUAUAAGCGAGGUCUGCGCAAUCAACAUGAAAACCAUGCUAUACUCAAGGUAGAGGGUUGUCGCAACCGCAAGAAUGUCCUGUUCUACAUCGGCAAACGCUGCGUGUAUGUGUACCGUGGAAAGGCGAAACGCAAUGCACCUGGUGCUGCGGAGAAGAAGAGUAACAUUCGGGCUAUCUGGGGCAAGAUUACCCGUUCGCACGGUAACAGCGGUAGCGUGAGAGCACGAUUCAAGACCAACCUGCCUGGACACGCUAUGGGACAUCGCAUCCGGAUCAUGCUGUACCCAUCCAGGAUUUAAGCUUAAAUUCAACUUACUGUGUACAUUUAAAACAAACCACAAUAAAACUGAAAAGAGGAUAUUCCUGUGAAA